GUAAAACUAAUCAUAAUGGUGGUGAUUGUCGUGAAAAUUGACUGAGCUUUUCUGUUUUUGUUUGAUUUUAUAUUAAUUAGUGUAAUUUGUAUUGUUUAAUUAGUGCAGUGGCCGCGGCCAUAACAUGCUCUCUUAUGUCGGGUUUAGCUAAAACGCCUGUUUCGGCUGAGGAGGGUGGAAAUUUGUGUAGAAAACGUUCCCUUCCUACCAACGAUCAGUGUAAUAAUAAAAGAUCAAAAUCGGACGAUAUGAGUGCUAACGAGAAGAAAUCGAACUUUUCGAUGCUUACCCCGAACUCCAACGGGACCGUCACGACGAUGAUGAAUAAGCCGGGGGCGACGGCGAAGAAGCUAGUGAUAAAGAAUUUCAAAAGUAAACCGAAUCUUCCGGAAAACUACCAAGAGACGACAUGGAGCAAGCUAAGAGAGGCGGUGAUCGCCAUCCAGACUUCCAAGGCCAUCGCCUACUCCUUGGAAGAGUUGUACCAGGCGGUCGAGAAUAUGUGCAGCCAUAAGAUGGCAUCACAACUGUAUGUGAAUCUGACAAACCUGGUAGAAGCUCACGUGAAAGCGAACAUCGAACAGUUCCUCUCCGAGAGCAUGGACCGGCAGGUGUUCCUCAAGAGGAUGGAUGACUGCUGGCGGGCACACUGCCGCCAGAUGAUCAUGAUCCGCAGCAUCUUCCUCUACCUAGACCGAACUUAUGUGCUACAGAACCCUAGCAUACAUUCUAUAUGGGAUAUGGGUCUGGACCUGUUCCGGCACCACAUAGCCAUGAACACGCUUGUGCAGACCCGCACAGUUGAUGGGCUGCUUCUGCUCAUAGAGAAGGAGCGAGGUGGGGACGCAGUGGACCGAUCACUGCUCAAGAGCUUACUGAGAAUGUUGUCCGAUCUCCAGAUCUACCAGGACGCUUUUGAACACAAGUUCCUGUUAGCAACAGAGCGUUUGUACGCAGCAGAAGGCCAAAGACUAAUGCGCGAGCUGCCGGUACCGCAAUACUUGGCGCAUGUCGAGAAGCGGCUCAGAGAAGAGAACGAGAGACUUUUGCACUACUUGGACCACUCUACCAAAUGGCAGCUGAUCCACUGCGUAGAGCGGCAGCUGCUGAGCGAGCACCUAACGGGAAUACUGAGCAAAGGACUGGAGGCGCUAAUGGACGGGCCGCGGCUGGCCGACCUCACCACGCUCUACGCGCUGUUCAGCCGCGUCAAGGACGGCCUGGCGGAACUCUGCAACCACCUCAACGCGUACAUCAAGAAAAAAGGUCGCACGAUAGUGAUCGAGCCGGAGCGCGACAAGACGAUGGUUCCGGAGCUUCUGGAAUUCAAGGAGCAGCUGGACCACGUGGUGUCUUCGUGCUUCCAGCGCAACGAGAAGUUCACGUACUCCGUGCGUGAGGCUUUCGAGCACUUCAUCAACCAACGCCAGAACAAGCCCGCGGAGCUCAUCGCCAAAUUCGUGGACGUCAAACUCCGGGCCGGUAACAAGGAAGCGACAGAGGAGGAGCUGGAACGACUGUUAGACAAGAUCAUGGUUCUGUUCCGCUUCAUCCACGGCAAGGACGUGUUCGAGGCGUUUUACAAGAAAGACCUGGCCAAAAGGCUGUUGGUCGGCAAGUCGGCUUCCGUGGACGCAGAGAAGUCCAUGCUUAGCAAGCUCAAGCAGGAGUGCGGCGGCGGCUUCACCUGCAAGCUAGAAGGCAUGUUCAAGGACAUGGAGCUGUCUAAGGACAUCAACAUCACUUACAAACAGCACCUGGCGGCGUCUCAAGAAGGCGGCGGCCUGGAGUUGUCCGUGUACAUCCUCACCAUGGGCUUCUGGCCCACGUACCCGCCCGUCGACGUGCGCCUGCCCGCCCACCUCACGCGCCACCAGGACCACUUCAGCAAGUUCUACCUCGCCAAGCACUCCGGCCGCAAGCUGCAGUGGCAGGCCACGCUCGGACACUGCGUGCUGCGCGCGCACUUUACGCAGGGUAAUAAAGAAUUACAGGUGUCGCUGUUCCAAGCGUUAGUCCUGUUACUGUUCAACGACGGAGACAACCUUUCCUUCGAAGACAUUAGAGCUAAUACCAAUAUUGAGGCGGGCGAGUUGCGGCGCACUCUGCAGUCGCUCGCGUGCGGCAAGGCGCGCGUGCUUUCGAAGGCGCCGCGCGGGCGCGAGGUGGCCGACGGCGACGUGUUCGCCUUCAACGCGGACUUCACCAACAAGCUGUUCCGCAUCAAGAUCAACCAGAUACAGAUGAAGGAGACGAGCGAGGAACAAAAGGCGACCGAGGAACGCGUGUUCCAAGACCGGCAGUACCAGAUCGACGCCGCCAUAGUGCGAGUCAUGAAGAUGCGCAAGGCGCUGUCCCACAACCUGCUCAUCUCCGAACUGUACAACCAGCUCAAGUUCCCCGUCAAGCCGGCCGACCUCAAAAAGCGGAUCGAGUCGCUGAUAGACCGCGACUACAUGGAGCGCGACCGCGACAACCCCAACCAGUACAACUACGUCGCCUAAUGAAGCCCCGCCCCCUACUCUGUUACCUAUGCUCUACUAAUAAACGGCUAUCAGACAUACUGCUAUUUGAUUCGAAUCGAUGUAUUUAUAUAUUAAAGUAUGUACUUUAUUGGUAUGUAUAGCGGAAGCGUGCGUGCAAUUUUGAAACUUACACCGUUGGUUUUCACGGCGAAAAUGUAUGCAGGUUUUUGUAUGAAGCUAAUAUGGGGAGACAAUGUGAUGUUGAUUAGCUGCGACCACACCAUACGAUCCGACGCGCGCUGUCACGAGACCCUACUAGGCCCUAUGCACGAUCCGAUGCGAGUCCGCGCGAAUCGCGAUCAAAGCGUGGAUCGUCUGGCGUGGACCCGGCUAUCGAUUGAUAUCUAGCGAUUUUGGAACAUCACUACACUAAAAACGCACUAUACGAACCUCAAAACGAAUGUUAAUAUUCAUAUUGUGAGAAUAAAAUAUACUUGUCAAUGGUGAAAUGAAUACAAGUAAAAAGAGACUUAUUUGCGAAUUAUUCUUAACUCUUUUUCUACUCUAUUCGAAAAGACAAAGGCAAUGUAUUGUGACUUCAUUGUAUAAGAAUUAAAAAUGACUACCUUUUAUUAAAUACUACAAGUUAAUUUAACCACAUCUCUCUAGUUUAUUCAGUAAUGCUGUUGUUCCAACUGUAUGUAUGUAAAAUAAAAUAUACCAAACUUGCGUCUUUGUGUGGGUAACGAACAAAUCCUUAUAAGCCGUUUAAAUAUAGGAAAUAGUAAUCAAAAGACAAAGUUUUAGUUAUUGCAUUGUUAUGAUUUACAAUCAUAAGCUUUGUCAUCAUUAGAAAUUUUAAAAUAAUUCAAAUCAUAACUUUGUUUACCAAAAUGGCGUCUUAUAACAUAGACAUACACAGUUGAUGAAACAUGGCAGAAGUCGCAAAUUAAUUUCCUUCACAUAAUAAAUAGUUACGCUCUAGUAAUAUAACGUGUGAUAUUAGGAAACGGCCGCCCUCCAGAAUUUGGCUGAAAUAUUAUUUGCUUACUUUUGAUGUUUGAAUGUCUUCUUUUGAUGCAAUAUCAUUCCCGUUUGUGUAAAAAAUAAAAAUGACUCCACACAAAAUUUAAUUUUAUGUGCAGUUGUUUUCAAUAUUUAUUAUUUUAGCAGAAUUUCUUUAUAAAAUAUAUUUAUUUGUGACGCCUUAGUAAGUCAGUAAUAAAAUACGAGUGAUAUGCGUAAAUUUUAUGUUUCUAAUGAUAUAAUUGCUAAUAAGAGGUAAUUUCAAAUAAUAUUGUUUUUUUUUUGCACUGCAGUUACAAGAAUGUGAAGUUUUCCACUCGAGUGUCCUGUAUGUUAUGCCUUAAAAACAUAUUUUCAGCUUCCAGACAUAUUUAAGAAAAUGUCUAUAAUUUUUACGAGCAGUCGUCCUGGAGGGGUCACCAAUUAAAACUAUUUAUAAUUUUCAA